AUGCAUUUGGAUAACGAAUUGGAUUAUGUGGUGUUCGAUUGCUUUCAGUCAGCAAAAACUAAAAAAUCAGAAUUUGGAGAAUCGCUUUCAUCGUGUUCUGAUAAAGAAUGGGAUCGAGCUAACCCUGCUUAUCGCUCUGAACUUAUUAAUCUGAAAAAAAAAGCAAAUAAAGUAACGGUAUUUUCUGGACCACGAGCAAAAACAAUCGAACGAACAAUAAUCAAAACUGAUACUCUUUCAGAAGAAUUAGGUAAAAAUUUUUUAGAUGAGAAUGCUGAUGCAGUUGGACGAAUGGCAUCUGCGAUUGCACACAUUUUCCUUUCUAACAAAGCAUCACAUUCGGUUGAUGUUAAAAUUGAUCUUCAAGAAAUACCAGAUUUAUCUUGA